AUGUGCAGCAAGGUGUCAUGGAACGCGAUCAAGGCGGUAUACCAGCCGUUGCUCAUCGAGGACUCGUCCCAGUUCCAUUUGGCAGAGGUUGGUCGCGUACACGUCCGACGUAUGCUUGAUGCACUUGACGCUCUUGACGCGGGACUAGGGGAUAUUUUCUCGUCGGAGUUGGCCGAGGCACGUGUAAGCAAGUCCGUCAAAGAAGUACUACGCUGCACCUUGUUGUCGUGUCAAGAAGCAGACCUGACCCUGAAAGCGGAGGCGCACUUGGGGUCGAUGAAUGUUGCCGUCCGAGGCAGAGCAGACUACCUGGUAGCUCGAGGUGACUCCACCUUGAUGGUCGUCGAGGUCAAGAAAGAGGAAAAUCUCCUGCGUCAGGGAAAGGCUCAGGCUCUCCUUAUGCUCGACAUUACCUUCACGAACAACCCGGCAUAUGCCCGUCACGUAUUCGGGAUUGCUUCAGACUUCUCCACUUGGUUGUUUUUCAAGCGGACACCGGACGGAAUUUACCACACUAGUGACACCAUUGCCAAGAAGACCCGCGAUCAAGAUGCUGAGCGCGUGGUCCGCCGUCUUUGCAAGAUGCUUCAGAGCUAG